AAAUCUCAAACCCUAAAUUUCGAAGCCUCCAUUUCUCUCUAAUCUUCGCUACUCUCUUGCUCAAUUUAUCACAUGGCGACAGUCGCAGAUCCUGCUCCGACGAAGAAAUCGAGAAACAGCAGAAAAGCGUUGAAGCAGAAGAAUGAGAUCGUCGAGUCACCGUCAUUGUCAUCAGUCUCAGCCAAGGGGAAAGAAGCGAAGUCGUUCGAGAAAGAUCUGAUGGAGAUGCAGGCGAUGUUGGAGAAGAUGAAGAUAGAGAAGGAGAAAACGGAGGAUCUGCUGAAGGAGAAGGACGAGAUCCUGAGGAAGAAGGAAGAGGAACUCGAGACGAGGGAUGUUGAGCAGGAGAAACUUAAGGCGGAGCUGAAAAAACUGCAAAAGAUGAAGGAAUUCAAGCCUCAUAUGAGUUUUGCUUUCGGUCAAUCUUUGGCACAAACUGAAGAAGAGCAGAAGGGAAAGAAGAAGAAGAAGGACUGCCCUGAAACAAAGAGACCAUCGACACCAUACAUCUUGUGGUGCAAGGAGAAUUGGAACGAAAUCAAGAAGCAAAACCCAGAUUCUGAUUUCAAGGAGACCUCGAACAUUCUAGGUGCUAAGUGGAAGACCCUGAGUGCAGAAGAGAAGAAGCCGUACGAGGAGAAGUACCAGGCUGAUAAGGAAGCUUAUCUCCAGGUGAUUACAAAGGAGAAGCGCGAGAGGGAAGCCAUGAAGCUUCUGGAAGAUGAGCAAAAGCAGAAGACUGCAAUGGAACUGCUUGAUCAAUAUCUCCACUUUGUUCAGGAAGCUGAACAGGACAACAAGAAGAAGGCCAAGAAGAUAAAGGAUCCCUUGAAGCCUAAACAGCCCAUCUCUGCUUACCUGAUCUAUGCAAAUGAGAGGAGGGCUGCUUUACGUGAAGAUAACAAGAGCAUCGUGGAGGUUGCGAAGAUGACUGGAGAAGAGUGGAAGAACUUGACUGAGGAACAGAAGGCUCCCUACGAUAAGAUGGCAAAGAAGAACAAGGAGAUAUACCUGGAAGCAAUGGAAGGGUAUAAAAGGACAAAGGAGGAGGAAGCCAUGUGCCAGAAGAAAGAAGAAGAGGAACUCAUGAAACUCCAUAAACAAGAAGCACUCCAACUUCUCAAGAAGAAGGAGAAAACCGACAACAUCAUAAAGAAGAAGAAAGAGACGACGAAGAACAAGAAGAAGAACGAGAAUGUUGAUCCUAACAAACCAAAGAAGCCUGCUUCGUCAUACUUACUCUUCUGCAAAGACGCAAGAAAGAGUUUGUCAGAAGAGCAUCCUGGGAUCAACAACUCAACUCUUACCGCCCACAUUUCAUUGAAGUGGAAGGAACUGGGUGAAGAAGAGAAGCAAGUUUACAAUGGAAAAGCUGCCGAGUUAAUGGAAGCGUACAAGAAAGAAGUGGAAGAGUACAAUAAGACCAAGACUGCUUAGUAGAGAAAACUAACUCCAGCAGUAGAAAGAAGAAAAUG